UGGUUGGGGGGGUCUUUGAUUCUUGAACAUGACUGAAUCCGUCGCGUCGUCUCGUCCCAGUGCGGAUGGCGGGGAAAUGAGUGAGACGGGCAGAGUGCAUGGCUUACGCGCACUGGGGCAGAGUUUUGCUGUUCACCGCCUCCUAGUCCUUCCGCUCCGCCCGCUCCGCCCGAUCCGCGGCUCUUCCUUCUCACUGUACAGUCAUGCGCUGUCUGUCAGCCGUGCUGUCAGUCGUGCCGUGCGGCAACAGAAACUGUGUCAUCGCGUGGAAAUGGAUGUUCUGUAGGCGAGUCUCCCACACCACGACCGAGGCCGCACCGCACCCCCCGUGUAAUCUUCUCUUUCUCGCGCGCGUAGUAGUCGUAGUCGUCACGUGUCUGCCGACGCGCUCAACGCCGCACCGCAUUUAGGACGUUUCUUUCGCCCGAGCCUUCCGGACGAAACCUCGCUCUACUAGUUGUUGGUUGUCGCGCUGUUACCUGACGCGCAGUGACUCAUUUCAAUGAGUAACAAAGUUGUUACAAGAUCGCAGGCCGCACGCCUUUCAGGACCGUUGUAACAAAGUUGUUACAAGUUGAGACCCCUUUCGGGACCCUUCUUCAGGAAUUCUCAUCUCUAGUCGAUUUUCCGCGGGGGUCGCGGGGGCGACGAGUUCCCAAGUCGGCUAUCGCGCGAGCCGCGCGGAGAUUGGAUCCUGAUCUCGUCCUGGCGGCCGGGACAGUACGGCUGUGCCGCCCAUGGGCCCGCCGAAUACGACAGACGACGGCGGGGGCGGCUGCUUUCAAGUUAAUGGUAACGACGUCGCAGGAACGCACGCAUUCCUCUCUGCUAAAAGCAUGUACUCAAUCGGCGGCGGCGGCGGCGGCGGCGGCGGCGGCGGCGGAGGAGGAGAAGGGGGAGGAGGAAAGAAACGCGGGAUCGACGGCGAAAUGAAGUCCCCCCCGCAUUCCCCGCCGCACUCAUCGCCGCUUUUUCCGCCGCAUUCGCCGCCGAGUGUCGCGCUGAACCUAAUGGAUGCGAGCUGCUGCCGGAGGGAAUCUCCAGGGCCGCGCCGCGGGGAGGAAAUGACUCGCGGCCUUCGACUUAAUAGUAGCACCACUACUCUUGGCGAGGCGACGCGCGACUUCGCAAGCGCGCUUCGGGGGCAAACUGCUGCUAGUAGUGCUGCGUACCCGGCGCCGAGCCUUCAGAUUGGUUUUGCGACGCCUCACUAUUCGACACUGCAGGUCCUUCAAGGCUGCAGGCGAGACGCGGAGUCGGAAUCGGCAGAAGGCGCGGAAGGCGCGGAAGCGGCGGAAGGCGCGGAGCACGCCGCGCAGGGGAGCGGGGGAGCGCCGCCCGCGGCGGGUGCGGCGGGUGCGGCGGGCCGGGGGGGGGGAAGGACUUUGCGGAAGAUCCACAAGGCGGACCGGGAGAAGCUGCGGCGCGACCGCCUGAACGACCAGUUUGCCGAGCUGGCCUGCGUGCUGAAUCCCGAGCGGCCAAAGAACGACAAGGCGACCAUUCUGGGCGACGGGCUGGCGAUGCUGCGGCAGCUGCGGCUGAGCGUGUGCCGCCUGCGGUCUGACCAUGCUGCUCUGAUGGACGAGUCCAAAGAGUUGGGCAGUGAGAAGUCGGAGUUACGGCAGGAGAAGGCGGCCUUGAAGGUGGAGAUAGAGGCGCUGCAGGCGCAGCUGCAGGACAGGAUCCAAGCACUCAUGCCCUGGAUGCACCAUGCUUCUGUCACUGGCGGUGCGGAUGCUGCCACUGGUGGUGCUGAUGGUGCUGCUGCUGCUGGUGCUAGUGCUGCUGCUGGCACUUUUGGUGCUGAGGAUGCUGCUGCUGCUGCUGCAUGUGCUGGUGCCAAUGCUGCCAGUGCUGCCAGUGCUGCCAGUGCUGCUGGUGUCGCUCUUGCACCUGCAUCCCCAGCCUUGGCUCCUACAGCUUCUCACACCCCCUCCCACCCGCACCUCCCCUCCCCUCCUCAGUUUGCACCUGCGUCCCCAGCACUGGCCCCUACAGCUUCGCUUCCCUCUGCUCCUCCUCCCUCUCUCGCUCCUCCUGCUACUACCCCCCCUGCCUCAUUGCCCCUUGCAUUCUUUGCUCCCGCUUCUGCUCCUCUUGCUCCCGUUGCUGCUGCUUCGUGCUCGACCCUGCAGCAGCAGCAGCAGCAACAGCAGCAGCAAGCACAGCCGCAGUGGCAGCAGCAGCAGCAACAGCACUAUCAUUAUCAACAGCCGCAGCCGCAGCAGCAGCAGCAGCAACAUCAAUACUAUAUGCAACAGCAGCAACAAAAAUCGCAGCAGCAACAGCAACAAGAUCAUUAUCAACGACAGCAGCAGCAGCAGCAGCAGCAGCAGCAGCAGCAGCAGCAGCAGCAGCAGCAGCAGCAGCAGCAGCAGCAGCAGCAGCAGCAGCAGCAACAACAACAGCAACAGCAACAGAACCAGCACCAGCACCAGCAGUACUAUCAGCAGCAGCAGCAGCAGCAGCAGCAGCAGCAACAACAGCAGCAACAACAGCAACAUCAACAGCAGCAUCAUCAUCAGCAGCAGCAGCAACAACAGCAGCAACAACAGCAACAUCAACAGCAGCAUCAUCAUCAGCAGCAGCAGCAACAACAGCAGCAUCAACAGCAGCAGCAGUGUGAGCAGCAACUUUUCACAGAUCACUCUUCCGAUCUGCAAGCUCACGCAUUUCUUCCUGCCCACCAGCAAGUUACCGGCCCUCUCACCCACCAGCAAGGCACAGACCCACUCAACCACCAGCAAGGCACAGGCUCACUCACCCACCAGCAGCACACAGGUAACCAGCAGCACACAGGUAACCAGCAGCACACAGGUAACCAGCAGCACACAGGUAACCAGCAGCACACAGGUAACCAGCAGCACACAGGUAACCAGCAGCACACAGGUAACCAGCAGCACACAGGUAACCAGCAGCACACAGGUAACCAGCAGCACACAGGUAACCAGCAGCACACAGGUAACCAGCAGCACACAGGUAACCAGCAGCACACAGGUAACCAGCAGCACACAGGUAACCAGCAGCACACAGGUAACCAGCAGCACACAGGUAACCAGUCACACAACCACAGUCUACCCCCUCCUCCUCCAGCUCCUGUUCCUGCUGCUGCUCCCCCCCAUCUUCCUCCCCCUCUAAACCCUCCUCCUGUUCCUCCUCCUGCCCCUCCCCAUCUUCCUCCUCUGAAUUUUCCUCUUCAUAUUCCCCCUCCUCCCCCCCAUCUCCUGCAUCCGCAGCAGCAGCUAGUGCAGCAGCAACAGCAGCAGCAGCAGCAGCGACCAAAGCAGCUUGGAAUUCCAAAAAGCUUUUGCAUGGGUAACCCCACGUACACCACGCCCACACACAGCACUCCUGCACUUUCUACCCACUCGCUCACGAUUCAACCACACACUACACAUGCGCCUAUGCAGACAGGUCAGCAAUGGAGUGCGACAGGUCAGCAAGGGAGAGAGGCCGGGCAGCAAGGAAAUGUGGCUGGGCAGCAAGGAAAUGUGUCCGGGCAGCACGGAAAUGUGGCCGGGCAGCAAGGAAAUGUGGCCGGGCAGCAAGGAAAUGUGGCCGGGCAGCAAGGAAAUGUGGCCGGGCAGCAAGGAAAUGUGGCUGGGCAGCAAGGAAAUGUGACUGGACAGCUCUCACUGUCACUGGCAUCAUUGUUGCAGUCCCCUUUGGUUGCCGGUCAACCCAGUCAACACAGUCAACCCAGUCAACCCAGUCAACACAGUCAACCCAGUCAACCCAGUCAACCUGGUGCAAGAGGGGAGCAGCAGCAACAGCAGCAGCAGCAGCAUUUUGAGAGGUGGACGCAACAACAGACAGGAGCGCAGAGCCGCGUGGCACAACCGAUGCUGAAGAUUCCUCCUCCUCUCCGGGUGCCACGACUACCGCACAUGCAACAAGCGCAACAGCCACAGCAGGCACAGCAACAAGCACAGCAACAUCAUCAGCAUCAGCCGUUGAAUCAGCAACAGCAACAUCAGCAGCAGCAGCAACCGCAGCAACCACCAGCACUGGUUCUCCCUUUGCCAAACACCACACCUCGCAACUGCACGCCUGCAGUCACCACCCUUGCUGACUUCAAUGCCACUGCUAACGUUGCCAAGACAGCUAGUGUUGCUAGCACUGCUCGCAUUGCCAACGCUGCUAAUGCAAAUACUGGUAGGGUUGCUAGCACUGCCAAUGCUGCGAGUGCAUCAGGCACUGCUGCUAGCAGCCCCAGCCGGAGCGGGCUUCUGAGGCUGCCUCUUGCUCCCAGCCCCAGAGCGCUUUCACGCACCAUAAGCCCACCCGGCACAGGACCGACGGGUAAAUUACCCAGAAAAUUGUUGAUUCCCCCUAUGUUGAGCCCUAGAUCAGUGGCGGCACAACAGAUGGGUAAAUCACCCGUACUGUUGAUAAGUCCGCCCAGAGUAAGCUCCAGGCAGAAUCAGCUUACACCUGUUGCACACACAACGACGGCAGCCUGUGCUGGAACAGUCACUGGUGCUCCAACUGCAACCGGUGCUGCUAUGGUAACCGGUGCUGCAACCGUUACAAGGCCAGCAGGAGCUGCUGGUGCAGGAAGGACUCCUGGCACCAGCAACGGACCUCUCAUCAGUCCCUUUUCUCACGGUGCCACAGCCGUGCCUACUGCUGUUGCUACAGCCAUACCUAGUGCUGCUGCCUCAGCAUUUCCUGCUGCUGCUGCGUCACCAGCUCCUGCUGCUACAGCCGUGCCUACUGCUGCUACAGACGUGCUGAGUGCUGCUACAGCAAUAUCUCCUGCUGCUGGACCUCCUUUGCUCGCUGCAACAAUCGUUCCUCCUCCCACCCCUGCUGCUGCUACUGCAACUCCUGCUGCUACAAGUGCUGCUACUGCUGCUGCUACAAGUGCUGCUACUGCUGCUGCUACAGCAGCCACUUCUGCUUUGCCCGCCACAGUCGCAGCAACGUCCUCCCCGCAGCAGUGACAAGAGCAGCAGCCGCUGGUGCAGGAGCAGGGGCAGAUGAAACAAUGUCAGCAGAAGGAACAGGAGCAGCUUGGGAGAGCAGCUGGAGAGGAGACUCAAUACUGCAGCAACAGGACGAGCAGCAGGAGCAGGAGCAGCGGCAGCUAAAACUAUGGCAGCAGAACGAAUAGGUGCAGCUUGAGAGAGGAGCCGGAGGGACAGAUUUCUCAUACUGACAGUCUCGUCUCGACCCUUGUGACCUAGUCGGUCAGCCUCCUACACGGGUUUUCAGCGAACCUCCAUCUACCACUCGCUCCGUUACAAGGUUGAGCACAUACGGAUUAUCUUGAGCGUGCAGCGGGCUUGAAUGAAAUGCAAAAGCAUGCACGCGUGUGUGCUGCUCAUUUCCCCGGCUUGAUACCAUGAAUUGUUAUGGCAUGGGAUAGGUGAUUCUGUAGAAACUCUAGUAACAUCAUGUGGGUAAGUUUUGUCAAACAUAUA